AUGGCGGAUGGUGGGUGUUCUGUAUCUAGCAUCGAAGGUGUUCACGAUUCAUACAUCGUUGUAAUCUCUGGACGGUGCAUUAUGUACGACACUGGUGACAGGGAUUUUAAACUUGAUAGCGACCGUAUGGGGAGGGCUGUCUAUGCGAAGUUGAUAACUUUUGUUGAAGACUUGAAGCGGGCCAUUAUUGAGUCAUACGGUCUAGUUGGAAUGUCUGUUGCCGUUGAGAUGUCAUAUUGGCUUGGUGAACACGGAUCUGGUACUGUUGGUGAAAGAGAAGCUCCUGUUCAAAUUUCCAACGACAAGGAUUUCGACUUGUUUACUUCGGCACGUAAGGUGGACAAGUACAUCAACGUAUUUGUCACAUUCAAAGAGGAAAUAGAUGGGAAAAUCCAUUUUCUGAGGCCAAUGGGGAAUCUUUUGAAGUCCAAAGAAGUUGCCAGCAGCAGCGAAAUGCAAGUUGGGAGUACGUCUGCUGAUCUGUUUAUUCCUCGAAGCCGUGAGGAAGACGCAAGAAGACGUCGUGAAAAGGAUAAGGCUGAUGACGAAUCACUCAUGAAAUCCGUUAGAGCCGUUGAGCUAUAUGGAUUUGAGGAUGUAGAAGCUUCGUUUUACAACGAAGCAGUUAACGAUUAUACCGUCGAUGAUAUUGACUUCACUCUAGCAGAUGCUGAUAUGUACACUGGAAAGCUAUUCAGUAGCAAGCAAAAAUUCAAGAUCAGUUUGCACAUUUAUGCCUUAAAGCAGGUGUUCAGGUUCAAGUUCCACAAACAUGCGUUUAACUACGUCGCAGCGAAAUGCAUUGAUAAAAACUGCAAAUUUUAUGUUAUGGCUAAGCAAUUGGGGGAAUCUUCGACAUAUCAGGUGAGGAAGGCGCAACUGAAGCAUGUCUGCACAUCUGAUGCUAAAGCGCAAUAUAAGAAACAUGCGACGUCGAAAGUAAUAGCUGCACUAAUGAGAUCGAAGUAUGAAAGGCUCCAAGCUGGACCGCGCGCAUCUGAAUUACCUGAGAUGCUCCGCACUGAGUUCUUGUUUACGGCCACAUAUUGGAAAUGUUGGAAAGCAAAAGAGUUAGCAACUGUGGCUGCACAAGGAACAGAAGAGAGCUCUUACAAGCUCAUGCCGAAAUAUUUUUAUGUUGUAAAGUAUGCAAAUCCUGGGUCCAUUACUGAUAUCAAAACUGAAAAAGAUGAUAAGGGUCAGACAAGGUUUAAGUACGCUUUCAUGGCGCUGAAAGCUUGCAUUGACGGGUGGAAGCAUCUACGGAAGGUAUUCCCUAUAGCGUUUGCUGUUGUAGACAAUGAAACAAAUGAGUCUUGGAGUUGGUUUUUUGAGAAGCUGACAGAGAUCGUAGAAGAUGGCUCCGAUUUAUCUAUUGUGUCUGAUAGAGCAAAUCAAAUAUGUGUUGCUAAAGAUCAGUGGUAUCCUCUUUCACACCAUGGGUGCUGCCUCGUACACCUACAGAGAAACGUCGACGCAAAAUUCAAGAAAAGGAAUCAGAAGCAAAUGGUUGGCAGGGCAGCCGAGGUAUUCAAGGUAUCCCACUUUAAGAGACUUUACGCGGAGAUCAAACUUACAGAUAAGAGCUGUUGGGAUUAUCUUGAGAAGAUCGAUCCUAGACAUUGGACAAGGUCACACUUUGAGGGCGAGCGGUACAAUCUAAUGAGCUCGAAUAUAGCUGAGUCUCUCAACAAAGCACUAGUUCAUGCGCGCGAUUCCCCGAUAAUGGCGCUAUUUGAGUUCAUCAGACGCAUGAUUAGUCGUUGGUUUGUGAGUAGACAGCGAAAUAUAUCGAAAAUGAGUGGUGAGAUCCCCCGGCUGUUGACGAGUUGA